CAGUCGCUGACGGAGCGUCUCGCCGGUCGGGCCGCGCGUCUCUCGCCCACCGAGCGGGGCUCCACGACUCCCAACUGACGACCGGAGACGAUCGGACGCAGUGCGAGCUGAGCGGUCAGACAGCGCGGGUCACUGUGCGCGGACAGUGCAGGGCGCGGGGCGGGGUAACAAGUGGCUGUGUGUGACAAUGUGCGUCACCGGUAGUGUCCGGGAGUGAUAGACGACAGACAUGCGACUGGGUGCACGGAACACCAGCCUCGUGACGAUAUGAUUCACGCCUUGCUCAACGGCCCAGGACGACGGAAGAGACCCGACAGUUCGGCCGACGGCGGGCGGUGUGCGCCUGCUCCUGCUGUCUCUGUUCUGCUGCUGCCGCUCCUACUCCUACCGCUGCUCACCAGCGCCGAUGGAUCUGGACAGCAGGAGCUCGCUCAAAUCUCUCCCAACCUCACAUUGCCAUAUCUCCAGCACCUCAUCAACAAUGCCCGCGAUGGCAGAAGUAUAUACUCGAGUCACUCCAGUCAGAGUCAGAUCCGGCCCUCGCCCUGCAUCUCGAGCCGCUCCGGCCGGCGCGGUGUCUGUAUGUUCGUCUGGGAGUGCGUCAAGAAGGGCGGCGAGCCGGUCGGCAUCUGCACGGACCGCUUCAUGUUCGGCGGCUGCUGCGAGAUGCCGGACGAGCUGGCGAUGACGCCGACCGCCGGGCCGCAGGAGCUGAUGACGGCCGCCGCUAGCACGGCUCACGCUGAUGUCGACGGCUGGACGUCACUGCUGGAGACGGCUGGAGCGGGGACCAGCGCCGGUCCCGGGACGCACUGGAGCUCCGGACCAGCGGAGUACACACAGCCCCCGACAGUCGGGUCCACCUAUCCGGACAGGCCAUCAACUUAUCCGGAUAGGCCGUCAACAUAUCCGGAUAGGCCGUCAACUUAUCCGGAUAGGCCGUCAACAUAUCCAGAUAGGCCAUCAACAUAUCCAGAUAGGCCAUCAACACUUCCAGACCGAUAUCCAGAAGAACCCGCGCUAUAUGAGGAGAGAUAUCCGGAUAAGCCAUCCUAUUCAGAUAGGUUCAAGGAUCGACCUCAUAUUUACCAAGAUAGAUAUCCUGACAGGCCGUCCAGUUACUUCGAAAGGCCGUCGUCUUAUCCAGAUAGAGACAAACCUUCAUUAUAUCCGGAUAGAGACAAACCAUUUGCAUCGUAUAUAAACAGAGACAAACCAUCCUCAUAUUCACAUAAAAAUAAACCAUCAAGUUAUCUGGAUAGAGACAAACCUUAUUUUGACAAGGCCAAGCCACAUCAGAAUAAACCAACAAGCUACAUCGACCGUUAUCCGGACGACAGCUCGCCCUCAGUAGACCGGUACAGCCCGUAUAAGGGCAGACCGUCGCCCUCCCGCCCCUCCACCUACCCCUCCCGCCCCUCUUCGCUCGCCGUCGAGCCGGUCCGCCCCUACGACCGUCCGUCGACGAUCACCGACCGCUGGUCGUCGACACCGACACGUCGGCCGACAGAGGAACCGGCGACGGCGCCGCUCGACUGGCCAGAGCUGCCGCAGGUCAUCCCGGAGAGGCCCUCGGUCCAGGAGAACGAGGUGGGCUCCGGCCCGGUGGCGCUCACCAAGCCGUGGCCGCGACCGACGCGGCCGACGCGACCCACCCGCCCGCCACCCGCCUCCAUCACCUUCCCCUCCACGACCACCGAGGCAGUGCCGUCCACCACACAGACGUCCACGUCCACGGCGGCAGCGCUACUGGAGACGGCCGCCAGUCAGUCGUCGGCGCCCUCCGUCCAGUGGGUGAACGUGCAGGACACACUGCCGGACGUGGCGACGCCCUGGCCGCGGCCGACGCGACCCACCCGACCCCACUGGUCCAGCCUGGGGGCGACCUCCCGGCCGCCGACCACCACCACCACAACAACAACAACCACCACCACCAGAGCGACCACCACCACUCGGACAACCACCGCUCGGACCACCACCACCAGUCGGCCGGCGACGCAGGCCACGCCACCCGCCGGAGCCGCAAGAGCCGCAGAGUGCGGCGUGCCGCCGCUGUUCUCCGGGCCCGGAGCCUCCCCGGAGACCAGGAUCGUAGGCGGCAAGAACGCGCCGUUCGGCAGCUUCCCGUGGCAGGUGUCCGUGCGGCGCACCUCCUUCUUCGGUCUGAGCACCACUCACCGGUGCGGCGGGGCACUGCUCAAUGAGCAGUGGGUCGCCACCGCCGGACACUGCGUCGACGAUCUGGUGCUGAGCCAGAUCCGCAUCCGUGUCGGCGAGUACGACUUUGGCUCGGUGCAGGAGCCGUUCCCGUACCAGGAGCGGAACGCGGCUGGCAAGUUUGUGCAUCCCAAGUACAACUUUUACUCGUUCGAGUACGACCUGGCGCUGGUGAAGCUGGAGCGCCCGGUGGACCUGGCGCCGAACGUGCACCCCAUCUGUCUGCCGGGGAAUGACGACCGGCUGGUGGGGGAGAACGCCACUGUCACCGGCUGGGGUCGGCUCAGCGAGGGAGGCACGCUGCCCAGCAUACUGCAACAGGCAACUGUUCCAAUUAUGGAAAACAGCAAGUGCAAGAAGCUAUUCAAGAAAGCUGGGCGGAAAGAAUAUAUCCCGGAAAUAUUCCUUUGCGCUGGCUUUGAAAAAGGAGGAACUGACUCGUGCCAGGGCGACUCUGGCGGUCCGCUGCAGGUGCGUGGCAAGGACGGCAGAUGGUUCCUGGCGGGAAUCAUCAGCUGGGGUAUCGGCUGUGCCGAGCCCAACCUGCCCGGAGUCUGCACGCGCAUCUCAAAAUUCACCGACUGGGUGCUCAAAAAGGUGGCGACAGAGUGAGGAGGAGUGGCUGUUAGAGGCAGAGUGGAUAACUCUGCCAACUCCUUUCGCCAAACGGCCCAACUCAGGAGCUUCGGACAAUCAGCGUCGGUCGGGCUGCCGCGCUCUGUUGAGCUGGCGGGACACGGGGCGAGGACAAUGCACGUUAUAUACAACGUCAGGACCAUAUCCUGAUUGUGACUCCCUGACGUGCCCGUGGAAUAGCUGUGACGUCAGUGUGACGUCAUUGAACGGCGCAGUGACGCGGCGGUAACAGCUGUUGAUACUCAAACUCUCGGCGAAUGAUAAAUGUCAAAGAGUGGAGCUGUAAGUGAGGGGAGACACCACUGUCUGAGUUUCAUUGAGGGAGUGUGACCACCGGCUAACUGGCUAAUGGUGCGAGUGGUGACUGAUGUGACUAUUGUGUCGCGAGCGUUUAAGUUUUGUUUGCUGUUGAGUGUUGAGCUGUGUGCAGGACGGAAGUUAAUAGCCAUAUAAUACGUUACUGCAGGCUCAAUGAUUGGCACUCGGCACCGACCACUCACGAGCGUUUCGAACCGUCUGUGUCAUGUACAAGAGCGAGAGCGAGUGGCAAAUGACUAAAGAAGAACGUUCACGGAGAGAAAUUACCUACUAUCACUGUUCCAGUUGAAGAGUCUGUGUGAGCUGUCUUGGUGCAGUGUUCGUGUGUUUGUGAGGUUGUUGAUUCUUUACAUGUUACCGAUGCACUAAGCUGUUACAACUUGCCAGUUCCGCGAGCAUGGCUGGCAUCUGCGUGCUUAAUGCACAGAUGUGUUUAUUUGAAAUGCGGAACAGCUUCUUUUCAGUCAUAAUAUAUGAAUCAAACACGAUUACCCGUCCGAAAUAUAUGAGCAUGACCGUA